AAUAUGUGUGUAUGCAUCAUCUCUUAAACGAAAAUUCCCGCCAUAAGGUCCGUGAUUUAUAAUCGGCUGCACGGGAAGGACGAAAUCAUUGAUCGUAUGCGCUGAAGAAAACGAAUAGGCAUUUUGACUAAUGCAGUGCAAUAUUUGAACCAACACACUUCGAAGAGAGACUUUUUAUUCUACGAGCGCAUAGGUGUGGUAACGCUAGUUCUUCGUAGAAAAUUCGUAAUUCCAAUUCACGAGUUGCACACGUGGGUUACACUGUCAGAAUCAGAUUAACUUGAAAUCAGAAUCGAUUUAAACGAUCUAAAUGAACAACCGAUUUGAACGAUCUACACAGUCAUUGCGGGUCAAUAAGCGUGGGUUAUUGGUCUGUUAGGUUAUGCCGACAGAGAGACAAUCAUAUGGAACGAAGUGUAAUAAAGGCUAUGACAUUAUAAAUGCCUUGCAAGUUGAAGAGUGCUGCCAUCAGGGCUGUGACGCUAUGGAAUUAGGAGUUUCCUGCUGUUUCGGAGGAUCUAUCAUCAGAGCCGAAGAAUAAACCAAGCAAGCAACCAACAGGUGUCAUUUUCAUUGUAGGUGUAAGAGGCGUCAUGUGCAAUUGAAACUGCAGCAUCAUUCAGCAGAUCAUUCAGAGAACACUGUUGGGAUAUUAUUUCAUGAAGUAAUGGCAUACUACAAUUCCGAUGAAUGUACCUUGAACACAUUAUGGGAAACAGUUAAGUGUGAAAGGCAACUGUUUGUUCAAAUGCCUGUGGAUAAGAAUGUGUUCACAGGUGCUCCAGCCAUAGAUAUUUAUACUGCAGCAAAUAUAGGAGAUUAUGAUGUCAUAUAUCAUGCCCUGAAUAGUAAUGAUAAUGGUAGAUUGUUGAUGAAGAAUGUAAGUGGAUGGACUCCCUUGAUGUAUGCCUGUUAUAGUGACCAUGACAGAAUUGUACAACUGCUGAUAUCAUGGGGUGUUGACGUACAUGACCGUAAUAACGUAGGAGAGACACCCCUCAUGCUUGCAGCUUUAAACGGCAAUGCAAAGACCCUGGGGUUAGUAUAUAAGGACUAUAUUAUCAACUUGACAGACAAACGAGGCUGGAGUGCCCUUUUUCAUGCUGUAUCCAGGAGACGGCAGAAUGCUGUCGCGUUUCUACUUAAGCAUGGAGCAGAUGUUAAUUUAGUUGCUCGUGACAAUGGUAACACAGUGUUGAUGAUUGCUGCUGCUUCAGGGAAGGCUGGGGUCGUGAAGAUGCUUCUAGCAGCAGGAGCUGACCCUUGCAAGGUGUCCUGGGAAGGAGAAACUGCAAUAUCUAUAGCUCAUUCUUAUGGGUUCUUUGAUAUUGUAAGAAUGUUGUCAUUCAGUGCCAGGUUCUGUGAGUUGCCCUUGAUUGAUUUACAUAAUCUGUUCAGUUCACUGGAGCUUAUGGAUUAUUGGCCAUUGUUCCAAAGACAAAAUAUUGACAUGGAAACUUUUUAUUCACUCACAGAAAACAACUUGAAGGAUAUUGGGGUUAUUCGCAUGGGACCACGUAAAAAGAUGGCUUCCACUAUCUUGCAAUGGAGAGAGCAGCGUCGUCCUUCACAUGCUCAGUUGUGCCCUGUGUGUCAAAGACAGUAUCUAUAACAGCAAACUUGUAAUCUGCCUUUCAGUUCCACAAUCUUAAAGUUAAAGAGACUGUUACUCAGGGUUGAUGCAUAUAUUCUUCAUUUUAUUUAUGUAUACAUGUGUAUCUAUGAUGUUGACUGAUUGAAUAUUUUAUCAGGUGACUUAGCAAUAAUUUAUACCUAAAUUUAAAAAAUCAGAAAAAAAUUAACUCCAUACAAUUACAAAUACGGUGACAUUUUUAUAAAAGAGCUUAAAUUAUGUUUUAGGAAUUUGUCAACUCCCAGUUAUCAUUUAUCUUAUAUUUAUGACGUAAGUUAAAUUUGUGAUGUUUAAUUUAUUUCAUUUUAAUUUGAUAUGCAGCUUAAUUGUGUCAAGGAACAUUCAUCUUACUGUGAAGAUCUUUUAUGGGCUGUGAUUUAUUAUAAUAUUUUUAUACAUAUUUUUUUACUAUGGUAAUUGAUAAAAUGUAACAAGCCAAAGAAACACUGCUUCACUUUUGACUGGAAGAAGCAAGAUGAUGAAUCUGGCAUUAUACUUAUCUCUCAUGGUUAGUGUUUAUUUCUGGCUCAUAAGUACUGACUUAAGUUUAUAAUUUAUACACGCUACAGUAUGCAUCUUAAUUGCUUCUCCCAGUUUAAGUCCUAAUUGUGUAUAAUGCAGCACCGAGGAAAAUUAUGAUUGCAUUAAUGUUACUCUGUAAUUACUGAAAUUAAAUACUAUUUAAAGAAAAUCUUGAUUUUAUGAAGUAUAUGAAGUUGCACAAUU